AUGUUGGUGCAAGCAAAAAACGCCGUGGCCUCCCUCUUCAACACCAGAGAUAGCCUGGACGACGAAUUGGCUAGAGCACAAAGAUUAUUGGACAACAACCAGCUGCCUUAUGGAUCUGUCGCCACCAGCGAUCGUGCACAGGAGGCUGCCAACGAGGAGGCCAUUGCUAAUGCCUUGAAGCAUCUGAACAGCGAAGACGACGAGGAGAAGGAACAGCAGGGUUUCCUUAACAGUUUUGACCCACGUGUGAUGAGUGAUAUCAUCAUUGGACUUUCUGACGGAUUGACGGUCCCUUUUGCAUUGACGGCAGGCUUGUCGUCCUUGGGUUCUUCUAAACUUGUCAUCACUGGUGGAAUGGCCGAGUUGGUCAGUGGAGCCAUUUCCAUGGGUCUUGGAGGUUACUUGGCUGCUAAGUCCGAGUUGGAUUACUACAAGAGUGAGGUGAAGAAAGAGAAGUUGGAGUUUUUCAAGAAACCUGAAUUGAUCAACCAAGAUGCGGCUGAAAUCAUGUUGGAUUUGGGUGCAUCUGAAUCCACCAUUGCAUCAUUCUUGAAGGAUUUGGACCUGCAACCAAAGAAUUUGAUCGACUUUGUCAUUCGUUUCGGUAAGGGUUUGGAGGAGCCUGCUGAAGGUAGAGAAAUCACCUCGGCAUUGACCAUUGGUACCGGAUACUUCCUUGGAGGAUUCGUGCCUUUGAUUCCUUACUUUUUCUGCGACGUGGUUAAGACCGGACUUAUUGUCUCGGUCAUUGUGAUGAUCGUGACUCUUUUCAUUUUCGGCUACGUCAAGACCUCGGUUUCCUUGGGUGACGACUGUGGCAUACAUCGGAAGGUUCUUGAAGGGUUCCAGAUGGUCAUUAUUGGUUCUGUGGCGGCCGGUGCGGCAUGGACUUUGGUCUACUUUAUUGAUACGUAA